AUGGCGGAGGUUGCGUGUCCCCUAGAAGCAGCAGAGCGAGUGGUCAGGCGUCGAGUCCAGGCUGGACGCUCUCUUCGACAGGUUCUGGAGGGAGCUGCAUGCGAGGUACCUCCAGCCCCCUACACAAAACCCAUUAACUCCCUCACCUCCAACGGUGGUCUGGCUACCCUGUGGCAGACCAGCAGCCCUGGGCCCAAUGGCAACCAAUUCCUGACGACACAAACUGCGCCGGCUGCACCAGAAGCGCACCUCACAUUGCCUAACACAAAAGCAGGGCAAAUGCAGACCGCGAUCAGUAUUCUAUGUGAGAGCUGCAGGGCAGUGGGAAGCACUGCAUAUACUGCAUGGACUGAUUGCUCAUUAUGCCAAUUUGCCACCAGUCUUUGA